AUGAAGAAAUACGAGCGUCAUGCGCAGUCGCAGAGGAAACACGGCCCCCUCCCCGUUAGCAGUGCUUCAAAAGCACCAGCUCCUCCACCAGUUUCCCGGCCGGGAUGGACUGGGCCAGGAUAUGUGAAGAAAGCCGCGCGGCAACCUCGGGCCCCUUCCGCGCCAACGGCUUUGGCAUCGACAGUCCAGGACCAUGUUCUGUCUAUUGAGCUACAGCAACGAACCCUCGAUAUCAUUCGGGACACGUUCCCUGCAUCUCAUGACUUUGAGACGUUGAAGCCGUUGUUGCAUCAGGUCAACGAUGCAUUGCUCCAAAAGGAUUUCGAGACAGCGUUUGGGAAGCAGGAAUUUAUGGAGGGCUAUGCAAUUCGAUGGAGUCCGAGUCGAGCUUUGGGCUAUUCAAAUCUGCUGGCACAAAUCUGCGAGCAGAGAAAGGACGACGCGUGGGUCAGGCAGCUGAUUGGCGAUGACCGUUCCACGCCGGCGAAGGCACUGUGCUUUGGAGGUGGCGCGGCAGAGAUCAUGGCUUUCGCUGCAUUGUUGCGGCAUUUCCGGGAGGGUGCGGCUGGUAAGCCAGCUGCUGCGUCUUCGAUUGAGCUUGACGAUAUGUCGAAUACUCCGCUCGACCCUACAGCUUGUACUCCGCCCGUCAACAUCCAUCUAGUCGACGCAGCAGACUGGUCUCUGGUCGCCUCAAAAUUGCAAGCUGGCCUGAAAACACCUCCUACGCUUUCGAAGUACGCGAGUGCCGUUGCUCGAGCCUCGAACGCGUCUUUCCUCUCAACGGAAGCCGUUGAAAUAAAUUUUACUCGUACGCAUGUUUUCACCUUAUCCUUGGAGGACCUCCGCCCCAUGAUUGGACCAGACCAAGCAUUCAUCACUCUAUUAUUCACCCUGAACGACCUUUAUACGACUUCAAUUCCCAAGACUACGGCGUUCUUACGGAGAUUAACAAGUGUAACGCCUGCAGGAAGUAUGUUACUGGUGGUUGAUAGUCCUGAAGCUACAUCUACAGCCGGCAUCGCCAAAGACGGAGAGGAAAAGAAAGAGUACCCGAUGAGCUGGCUUUUGAAUAAGACCCUGCUCCCAACCAGAGAGAAGGGACAAGGCGACGAAAAGGAGUCAGAACCAGCAUGGGAGAAGCUCAUGGAUGACGCGAAUAGGGUGUAUAAGAAGCCUGAAAAGGGACUAUGGUAUCCGGUCAGUCUGGAGAACUUGAGACUACAGGUCCAGCUAUUUAAGCGCUUAUAA